GUAUUUUUGCACUUGGAUGAGGACUGUGUUACUUCGAUGCAAGUUACAGCACGUUUCCGUGUUCCGCCAGGGAAUUAUGUUAUUGUUCCUUCGACUUUUGAGCCGAAUGAAGAGGCUGAAUUUAUGCUUAGGAUCUUUACGAAUAUUGCCUUAUUUGUUAUAAGGCUUUUACAUGUUUCAGAAAAAAAAUAA